AUGGCCAAUGUGGAAGACCGGGAGGAACCUGGCGUCCUCUCCUCUCACUCUGGGAGCAGAGGCGACAAAAUGUUCUCACUUAAGAAGUGGAACACAGUGGCCAUGUGGAGCUGGGACGUGGAGUGUGAUAUGUGGGCCAUCUGCAGGGGCCAGGUAAUGGAUGACUGUCCUAGAUGUCAAGCUAAAAACAAACAAAAGGAUUGUGUUGUGGUCUGGGGAGAAUGUAAUCAUUCCUUCCACAACUGCUACAUGUCCCUGUGGGUGAAACAGAACAAUCGCUGCCCCCUCUGCCAGCAGGACUGUGGUCCAAAGAACCGGCAAAUGAGAAUAGAAAGAAGCUUUCUUAAUACAGUGGUUCGGAGCCCUGGACUCGAUGAAUCCGUCACCUGUUCUCAGGUGCAGGUGGAUGAAGAUAGCUAA